AUGCAGGCCUCGUCGGAGCAGCUGCAACCGCCGCCGUCGCACGCCAGCAUGAGCGACGGGGGCGCGUUCGCAAACGCGGGGAACCUGGAGCACUGCGCCCGGUACCUGAACCAGACGCUCGUCACCUUCGGAUUCCCGGCAUCUCUCGACCUCUUCGCCACCGAUCCGGUCUCGAUUGCAAGAACAUGUAACUGCAUCUAUGCACUGCUGCAGCAGCGGCAGAGGGAUAUUGAGUUCAGGGAGUCUACAAAUGACCAGCGGCAGCGUAUGCAAUCUGAUAUAUCACGACUGGAAGCCAAGAUUGAGAGAAUGGAUGCUCAAUUAGCAGCGAAAGAUCGAGAGCUAGCUACUCUUACUCGAACGGAGGCCAAAAACACUGCUGCUCUGAAGUCUCAGAUUGAUAAGCUGCAACAAGAACGUGAUGAAUUUCAGAAAAUGGUUAUAGGAAAUCAGCAAGUACGCACCCAGCAAAUUCAUGAAAUGAAGAAGAAAGAGAAGGAAUACAUAAAGUUGCAGGAGAAGCUAAACCAGGUAUUGAUGGAGAAGAAAAAGGAAUCGUCCCGUUCUGGAAUGGAGAUAAUGAACUUGUUGCAGAAAGAAGGACGGCAACGCGGAACAUGGAAUGGAAAAAAGAAUGACAAUGAUUAUUACAAAAUGAUUGUUGAUGCAUAUGAAGUGAAGAAACAAGAGCUGAUGCAAGAGAAUGCAGAUUUACGGGCACUGUUACGUUCAAUGCAGAUGGACAUGCGUGAGUUCCUCAAUGCACCGAAUGGGUCAUCACAACCUACUGUUACUGCUAAUGGAAGACAGGAGUCAGGGUCUCCUCAGUCUCCACUUGGUGGCAAGACGGAUGUCUUUGAUCUGCCCUUUCAUAUGGCCAGAGAUCAGAUAGAAGAGAGUUUGCGCACAAAAAUGACUUCAAUCAAGGCACGAAUGACACAACUUCAAGAUGCUCAGAAAGGUGCAGAAGUGACUUCUGAGGCAACUGACCGGGAGCUUGAGCUUGAAGCUCAACUGGUUGAAGCAAGAAGCAUCAUCCAAGAGCAGGCUUCCAUCAUGUCGAAGCACUUCACCAAGUCUGAUAAGCCAAGUGGCAGGAGGCAUAGUGGUCUGGAUGGCGAGUGCGAGGCAUCUGCCGAGGUGUAA